GGUGGCUGCUGUGGUCUCGGCGUCCGGCCCAAGUUCAGCGCGGCGCUGGGGCCGGAGAGGGGUAGGAGGAGGGGCGGGGGACGCGGGGACAGGACGCUCCGUGAACUGGACGCUGGCGAGCCUGCGCCGUCGGCUGGGGCCGGAGGGAGCGGCCCGGCACCGUGCGUCCUACCCACUCCGGCGAGUCCCCCAGAGACAAACGUGCGAGGUCAGUGCGGCGGUAUAGCUGGUGGGCACGGCAGGCGUGGGGAGGGCGGCCCCGUCGUCUUUGCGGGGCGCUCUGCCGGAGGACCAGGGCAGACCCCCGCCCCACUCUGUGUUCUCUUUCCCGGCGCCCCGGCGCCCCAGCGCGGGGUCCUGGGCGGCUGCAGGACAGAAUUCUGUGCCACUGGGAGGCGAGGAGGGGGACCGUGUGCACUGCCCAACUGAGGUCUCGUUCCCUCGGGCCGCUGGCGAACCGCAGUAUGGUGGGGGCUGGAGGUCAGCGGCAAGCGGAAAGAUUGUACCGGAUCUUGCGGGGGAGUUUGCGGGAAGGAAGGGGGCGGGAGCGACCAAGCCCAGCACUCAGCGUCCUGCAGCUGUGCGCUCUGCAGACCCGCCUCGCCCGGCGCCCCGGGUUCCCCGCUUGUUGACGUGGGAGCGGGGCCGUCCUGAGCCCCUGGCGUGGGCCGGGAAGCCGAUUGUGCCGGGCGGUCUGCUGUGACACUUUGGCUAGGUCUCCGGGCCCCGGAGGAAGCAGGCGGUGCUGGAUUUCUCUUUGACCCUCAUGGUGGAAUAAACAGGAAGCAAUGAGCACCCAGCCCGGCCGGCACUUGCCUUUGUUGUGGGGUCUGCCUGGAGCGGCGCAGUUCAAGCCUUAUAUUUGUAACACCAGACUGCUGUCUUCUGAUUGGACCAUUUUCAAGAGCUGACAUCAGUUUUUAUACAGUUUAAACGCAAGGGGAGAGACGAGUGCAGAGCUGCAGCUGAGACCAUACUGAGCUCUCUUGGAGCAGCAGAGACCUGUGCAGGACGCUGCCGGCUGAGGAGGCCCUGGCUCUGAGGCAGGACAGCAGGUCUUGGCAGGACAGCCUCCUUCACUGCCAUGCUCAUCAUGGCCUCCACUCUCUGGCUGGACGGCUGACGUGCCUGUGUGCCCUAGGUGCUGCUGGACUGGGUGCCGCCCCAGGUUCCACCUGCGCUCAGGGUGUAGGAUUAGGCAGGUGGGCCUCAGAUGUUACCAAGAGUCAGUGAGGGCCAAGCGAUGGACUCCGACGAGCUAAGAUGGAAGUGACCUGAGGCCUUGCCCGGGCGGCUUACUCUCAACAGGACAGCUUGAGAGUUGGGCACAGGCUUGUCCAGGAGCAGUAUGCAGGAGGCUGGUUUUCAGGCCACACGUGCUUUCACAGAGUGCAAGUUCACCUGCACCAGCGGUAAGUGCUUGUCUCUUGGCUCACUGGUCUGUAACCAGGAAAAUGAUUGUGGAGACAACAGUGAUGAAGAAAACUGUCUCCUGGUGACCGAACAUCCACCUCCAAGCAUCUUCAACUCGGAGCUGGAGUUCGCCCAGAUCAUCAUCAUAGUCGUAGUAGUCACAGUGAUGGUCAUAGUCAUCGUCUGCCUGCUGAAUCAUUACAAAGUCUCCACACGGUCCUUCAUCCAUCGCCCGAGUCAGAGCCGGAGGCAAGAGGACGGGCUGCAGCCGGAAGGGCACCUGUGGCCUUCAGACAGCUCCCGGCCCCGGCCAGUUCCCUCAGAGAUUAUGUAUGCCCCACGCUCCAGGGACAGGUUUCCUGCCCCAUCCUUUAUCCAGAGGGAUCGGUUCAGCCGCUUCCAGCCCACCUACCCCUAUGUGCAGCACGAAAUUGACCUUCCUCCCACCAUCUCCCUGUCUGACGGGGAGGAGCCACCUCCUUACCAGGGGCCCUGUGCCCUGCAACUCAGGGACCCUGAACAGCAGAUGGAACUCAACCGAGAAUCUGUGAGGGCCCCACCCAACCGAACCAUAUUCGACAGUGAUUUAAUAGAUGUUUCUGUGUACAGUGGGGGCCCAUGCCCACCCAGCAGCAACUCAGGCAUCAGUGCCAGCAUGUGCAGCAGUGGUGGGAGGAUGGAGGGGCCACCCCCGACCUACAGCGAGGUGAUGGGCCACUACCCAGGCGCCUCCUUCUUCCACCACCAGCACAGCCACGUGCACAGGGGCAGCAGACUGCCGCUCCAGCGGGACAGCUCGGGGAGCACCGUGAUGCCCUUCACGGUUAAAGACAGGAAGCCUGGGGACCUUGUCUGAUGCUCGACGGCGCAAGUGGAGGAGAAUGCCACCCAGGAGAGGGGGUGCUGUGCUGCCCCUCUGCGCCUGGGCACAUGCUAUUCAGUUUUACAUGCUACAACUGAGUAAAGCCAAAUGUGCACAUGUGGUCUUUGUUUCUGAUUCCUUUCAGGGGAAUUGCAUGCAGAAGAGACUGAAAUAAUACAAACUUCCACCCAGUCUGACUGCAAACAGUGUUUUUUGGGGGCAGGCAUUGGGGACAGGGGAUGGUUUUGGCAAAGGGUGGGUGUGGGAAUGCAGAGAAAGGGAUACUUGGAAGCUGUUGUGAAGUAAAACCCACAGAGGCACCUGAUGUAUUUAACAUGAAGGCAGAUUUUGCAGAGAAAGAGGCGCAAAUGGUCUGUUUCAUAACCAACUGAUGUACACUAUUAUAUAUCACCCCAGGAAGAAUUGGCCAGUUUGCUUUUUCUCCCAAGGUGUGGAGCUCUUAUUUUGUUCUAAAAAUAUUAUUCAAAAUUUCUGUUUUGUGUGCUCAGGUAUAAAGUGGGGGGAGUUAGAUGAGCGCACGGAGUUGAUUUGUGUUGUGCUGGUGUGGUCGAAGUUGCACCACCUUAAUGUUCAAACUCCCUGGGAGGGGGCUGUUUCACAGGAAGUUGUGUGCGCUGCCUCUUCUCUGGUGGACGAGUGCUAGGCAGACAGCCUGGAGGGCUCCCUUAAUCGUGCUGGAGGUAGCCUAACCCCUGCUGCCUUUGUCAGUCAGGAAAGUCGUCACCAGAGCUCUGGGAGACUUUUGGAUGGAAGAUAGCAAGUGCUGAAUUCCCUCAUUCCUGACCUGUUGAGUCCCUCUGCUGGCCUUCGGCUGCCUACCUUAUUAAAUUGAACCCAACACAUGCAUUUAUGUGCCCUCCAACAGUACAGUUUCUUUGGUAGUGUAGUUUUUUUUCCCCUGUGGCAUGAAAUACACUCAGAUACAUACAUAAUUUUAUGCAAUAAAUUGUUUAAGAUGCAAGGUGGUUACUUUUAAUACUGCUGACACCUGUGACUUCUCAGUGUGUUCCCAUUGUGUCUUUCCUUUCCCAGGUAGUUCAGGUCGGACAGGGUGGCUGCUUGGUGCUGCCAAGGCUCCCAUGUAGCCGCCUGGCCUUGGCAUGAGGGUUUGGCAGUGGGCUCUUCAGGCACAGGAAGCCCCUGAGGUGACUGAGCGCCAUGUUGCCGGGCAUGGUAAGCCACUGCACACUGCUAGUGGGGUACAGCCCUCUAGCAGGAAUGCAGCACUCAGAACCUACCCAGUGCCUGUGGGAGGGGGCCUGCUCAUUCUCUGCAGUGGUGGCCAGAGCUGGACAAUCAGUGACAGACCAGAGCAGGGCUGGGAGCGACUCUCAGAGCACAGGAUAAAAAGCACAACGUGCAGUGAGAAAAUGCAACUAGACAACUAAUUUUAAAUACUUUUAAAUCUCUUAGUCUUAAUCCCGAUAUUUGCAAACAUCCAUUCUUAUGUAAAACACCUUUCUUCUGGAAGUCAGCAUGGCCAGUGGCUCCACAGUAGUGGCCCUGGGAGGGUUCAUCUGUGGCAGCUGCCCGCCCAGGGCAGUUGUGCCCUCCAGCAUGAAACAGUGUUUGGGGUGCCAUCUCUAAGCACCGUGGACUGCAACUGUCUGAGGAUCUAAGCAGCGACGGCCUGUGAGUGGGCUGAGCUGAAGAAGUCCACGUCCUGUCCACUGCCCCUUGCUGUUUUAUGCUGUUUCUGUUGGUUGCAAGGUAGCUGGGUUUUGUUUUGUCUUGGGGAUUGGACCCUGCAUUAGAUUCUCCCAUGCCACACAGUAACUUCCACAGAACUAGCUAGGCUCUUAAAAGGAGAAAGAAAAGGGGCAACAGUUGUCACUUGUGCUUCAGACCCUGUCUGAAGUGUGUCCACCGAGGGCUUCAGUGGUGGUCCCAGCCGGGCAGGCCUGUGCCCUCCAGCCCCCUCCACCAGCCCGCUUACCGCUCUUGGGGCAAGCUGUGCUCAAGACAAGAAGCUUGUCCCAGUGGUGGAGGCUUGGGGCAGGUCAUUGCUGGAUCGUCUCCUCAGUUGCCAAGUGGGGUUAGCUAAUGAUGUCAUCCUUCCAAACCUUGCCUGUAAUUCUGGUAAAGUGGGUGAAACCCAUCCCAUAGCUCAAAAUGGUUUUACAGUGCUUAUUUUUCUACCUGCUACAAGAAUGAGGCAUGAUUAGAAACCUGUAUGUUCUUUAGUCACUUUAGAAGUAUAUGAACAUUCUGCAGAUGUCCACAGUAUUGGCAAAAUAAUUAUUUAAUUCAAAUAACCUUAAUCGUCCGAGAAAACAGAUUCCUUCCCACUCAGCCUAAAGUAUUGCCCUUUGAGUUAAAUAGUUAAAGGCACAGUCACAUCAACCAUGGCUUGGUCUUUGAGGAUCCUCAAUAAUGACUUCGUUUAAAAGCCAAGGUCAUCAGUUGAGAAGUAAUAGUCAGUUUCCCCUUGACAUAAGAAAAAGGUGAUUGAGAGCAGUGGCUCUUGAAGGUUGUGGCUAGCCUGUUUGCACAGUGCUGCCCCUCGCUGCUUGGUGUGGGAAAGGAGACUAUGGGGAUGCAGUCUGCACAGCAGGCCUGAUACCCAGGAGCCAACAUGCUCACAGACCCCAGGCUCCAGUUUAGAAACUGGUGGGUCAGGCAGUCAGGAAUAGGCUUAGUUCAGUAGAGCAUUUAAAAAAUGGAUCACAGUGUUCAAAAUGACAGCUGGUGGGAACUGAUACUCCUGGGCAACCUGCUGUCCAUUUGUCCCGUUUGUCCACUGUCUCAGGGACUUCCAGGAGCAUGAAGCCCAAGGUGUGUUGAGUCCCAUUUAUAGCAGCACAAAGUUCAGGCAGAUAGUUUCUUUUUCAUUAAAUCUAGAGUUCUUCAGAUACUGAAGCAGUCCUUGGUACAAGAGAUUUUGCUAAACAAAUUAAGCAUUUAAAAGUGGAUCUAUUCUUUGAGUCACUAACCAAAACGUAAUGCCAAAUAAGCUUGGCAAGCUUACCCUACAUUUUCUCCAUGUUGUGUACGGACACUCAGCCCAUGAGAAACUUCAAGAUAGCAGGACUACACUUAAGUCCACUAAUUUUAGCUCAAGCUUAUGGGAGAGGAAGUGGAGCUAGCAGGACAGGGUCCUCAGCACAUGGGGCAUGUGGUUCACAUGACCUGACUUCCCAGAGCUCCGUGCUGUCCCCUUCGUUUGCCAUCAUGAGAAGAAGGGCCCAGAAGGCAAGUCCUUUUGAAAGGGCUGUGCUUCUCUGCUCCGAUCCCUGCUUCUUCUAGAGCCAGCCUGCCCUGUGACAGGGCACCUUGCGGCCUGUCUGCCCCACUGGGAGACCCAGGUGCCACUGCCCCCAUGGGGCAAGCCCGGUGGGUGCAGUACCAACCCCAGCUGGUAGAUUCACCCUUCAUUUUCUUAAAAUUCCUAAGCUCAGCAGUGUACGAAUGGAAAAACUGGGAAGGAUACUUGGGUUUUAUUAACUGUUGUUUGAUUUUGUCUAUGUGACUAAAACAGAAAAAACACCAGUGCUUGGCACCGAGCCUCUGUAGGUGACAUAGGCCCCCUCCUAGCUUUCCUUUGGUGUCCCCAACCCCAGGGGACAGCAGGGCUGAGGCUCACCUGGUCGGACAGGCCUUGGGGACCGUUGAGAAAGUCAUGGUUGGGUGACAAGCUAGCAAGUCUCCACAGAGACUGUGUCUAACCAGAGUCACAGAGCAAGAAGCCUUGCAUCCCCCGAAUCACAGAUGAUGGUCUGGAUUGCUGGGUGCCAGCCCCGCUGGGCAUGGGUUCCAAGCAGGCCCUCUUGGCCAGGCCCAGCGGCCAGCAUGAAGGACUCCCCAAGCUGGAGUCACCACCUCGGCUUAGGUGACUUCACCUCCCAUAGAGAUGCAUCUUUUGCACAGUCCAAGUGUAUAGGUUGUGGCCAGGAUCGGGCAGUUGGGCUGCAGUGUCAGGGAGCUGGUGAGUGGUUGGGAGGCCUUGCUGGGCGAGCUCCGUCCUCCUUCAGUCCUGUCCCCUCCUUUCGGUGUGCUCACUUACUGUGCACGGGGGACCGAGCUGCAGACUUCGAUGCGCAAACUUGUGUGCUGUGUGGAUCCCUAUUCACUUUCGAGCUCUGCAUGUCAGGAGUUUUAAAGCAACCCAUCCGCUUCCAGCAGACUCGGGGAGCUGGGACCCUACCAGGGCCAUGCUCUGCUGUCACCUGUGUCGUGCCUCACUUACAAUGGUGCUUCCUCAGCUAUCUGUCUUUCCUUGUGUUUUAUGUAUAAGGUGCUGUAUAUAACUUGAAUAUAUUAUGCACAUAUCCUACCCAAUGGGUAGAACAAAAAAUUGUUAAUAUUGUAAUAUAAUGUAUAGAUACCAAUUUUAACACAAAUGGCAUAGAAUUUGUGAAUGCCUAUGUGCUUUGUCCUCUUUUGUAAGGAAAUUUGCAAAUGUAUGCAUACAGAUAAAAGUCUGUGCAGUUUAUUUUCCUAUUAAAUAUCAAUAUAAUAACACAAGGAAAAGAAGUCUGAACAAGUAAGCCACAGUUUAUGACCAGCAUAUGUAUAGCAAUCGAGAGCUGCAUCUUUGCUGUGAAAACUUUUGAAAUACUAAUUUUAAAAAAUCCCACAGCUUUUGGGUUGCCACUAUAUGCUUCUUAAUCUCUUUAGUAAUGCUCAGAUGGACAAGUGUGUGUUAGAAAAAAAAUUUAUUUUUCAAUUUGCUUUAUGAAAAGACAUUAUCUCAUGUUACAGAAUAAUGAGAUGGCAGACCCCAGUUAAAAGUGCACAUUUUGUUAAAAUUGCAAAAAUUAUGUCAGAGCAAAUAAUGGCCUGCAGCAGAGGACUUUGUUCAGCACAGAGCUAACCUUCCCAUUCAGUCCCAAGUUUCUCUGGGCCUUUCUCUUUGGAAAAACUGAAGCUGUGGAGCCAAUAAACUACCAGUAGUUUGUAGGGACAGAAUACCUUGGGAAAGCGAACGCACUGAAGACUGCCCUUCGUAGAAACUGUCUCGUUUCGGGUUAUCAUUAGUAGAGAUUUAGCUAGCAGCCAGAAGAAUCUUACAUUCAUUCCUGUUGCUGUCUCAUGGUGAUCUCGACCCAAAACAAGCCUGGUUUUGCCAUCAGUGAAGGGUCACAUUUUCAGCUGCAUGUUAUCACACGGCUCUUACACAGCAUCUACUUCCAGUUCAUUUUUUAGUGUCUGUGACUUCUGCUUUUAUCUUAGUAUUUUCACAUUACAAACAGAAAUGCCUACAAUGUGUUUCACUAAAACCACUAUUGAACCAUGGGUGUCUGCGUCCUUUCCAAUGUUGUCUGUGAAGACAAUUGUGAGAUUUCGUCUCUCCGAUCCAUUUCUAUUUCAUUGUCAUCAGAGGGUAAUUCUAGUUAACUCCACAUUGUUAAUUUACUGUGUAGUGUAUGUUGUGAUUUUGAAAAUCACUACAGGAUCAUUACCUUAACCUCCACAAAACAAAUUACCAAUUAUUGAGCUGACUAAAAAGGCAGCCUUUUGUUUAUAAUGUUCUGAAAGGACCUUGAAAAGAGAAUUAUCUCACGUGCUCUGUCCACCCAGCACAUUGUCUGCUGUGCUGCAGGGGCCCCCUCAGGAUCAGUACUGAGAACGGAGGCUCUUUCGACCAGAAACACCCCACCCCGCUCCGGGUUCCAUCUCUUGGGAGAACUGUUGGGCAUGCGUGUCAUCGGAGAAUGUUCUAGACUCAGAGGUUACUAAAAUUUGUUACCAUGCCAUUGCUUCCUUUCUACAGAAGUAAUGAGGCUUAAACUUCAUUGUUAAUGAUGUUGGUUCAUUCUGAUGUGCUUGUUGGUAUAUUGCUAUUUUUCAUUCCAUAGCUUUCAAAAAUCCCAUUUUCUAAUUGUAUACUUGUCUAGUUUAAAGUUACUUCAAAAUACUGCUCAUAGUGUUUAUUAGUUAAUUUUUAUUAUAAUGCAGCUUACUAAAAAAGUACAACUGUAUUGGAACUUUUCAAUGGUUCAUAUGUGACCUGAUAAUGAGAAGUCAUUAAGGUAUCUAACAGCGAUUUGUGCUUUCGUUUCAACACAAUUCCCAGUUACACACAGAAAAAGGUUUUCAGCUAUUGUGUAUUUGCCUCUUUUAACUCAACAGUGGUGAUGUAGGUCUUGGAACUGAAGUCUGCAAUCACAAUACUUUUCUAAGAAAGAUGUUGCU